UCCUACUACAGACUGUAUUUACGAGGCUUCUUCUCUCACAGCGUACAGAAGAACGAAGCAAGCAUGGAAAACGACAACGUUGCAGGGAUGGAACACCCUCUGAUUACUGCUUUUCUUCAUAUCGCCAAGGGGCAGACCGCUGAAACUGCUAUCCGAUUCUUACAGGCCACUGGUUGGCAGCUUGCGGAAGCUAUUCAGCUCUUUUAUGCUGGGAAUGAAACUGGAGCUGUUGCAUCAUAUUCAGAAUUUCCUCCAUUGGUAAAUGCGAAAACCCAGAUUGAUGACAGUUUAAGUGGUUCGGGAAAGCAAUUGGAUCAUGAACAUGCAGCGCCAACCAAUGAUUCUACAGUACGAGCUCCGUUACCAGUAAUGAGAGAUCUCCUCUAUGACCGGGAAAUGCUUUAUCAUUCCAGAAGAGCUGCUUUUUUGGGGUAUGUGUCUAAUGGAGAUCGUUCAGACGUACUGUUACCCAAUUCCAGCCGGGAAGUAAAGCAUCCUGGGAUCUGGGAAGCAGAGCAAUCUUCUGCAUCUGCAGUAGAUAACUCUCGAGAUAAUCUUGCCUCGUUAUAUCGUCCUCCUUUCGCAAUAAUGUUUCGAGGUCCAUUUGAGAUGGCCAAAGAUGCAGCGAAAGAUCAGAACAGAUGGCUUCUGGUCAAUUUGCAAUCCAUGAAGGAAUUCAGCUCACAUAUGCUUAACCGUGACACUUGGGCAAAUGAAGCUGUUGCCCAAACCAUCAAAGCAAAUUUCAUCUUCUGGCAGGUAAACGAUGAUACGGAGGAGGGCAGUAAGGUCUGCACUUACUACAGAUUGGAUUCCCCUGCAGUUCUGAUUGUUGAUCCUGUUACAGGACAGAAAAUGCGAUCAUGGAAAGGAAUGAUUCCACCAGAGACAUUGCUGGAGGAUCUGCUACCGUUUAUGGAUGGAAGCCCAAAGGAUCAUCAUGCCAGUUUUUCUCAAAAACGAACCACAGAAACUUCUCAGGCUUCAUCUCUGAAUGUUCAAGCAGAUAUAUCUGAGGAUGAAUAUGAGGAUAUGCUGCUAUCAUUGGCUACGGGAAUCUCCCAAUAUAUGGAUAUCACUGAUGCUGAGGAAGAACUACGCAAAUUAAAGAAGCCAGCAUGUUUACCCUUGCCUGAGAAGCAAAGCAGAGAAACUUUUCAGGCUUCAUCUCAGAAUGUUCAAGUUGCAGCAGAUAUAUCUGAGGAGGAAUAUGAGAAUAUGCUCCUAGCAUUGGCAGCUGCCCCGGAAAGCAUUGACGAUGCUACUGGAGGCUCCCAAGAUAUGGAUACUACUGCUGCUAAAGAAAAUAUCUGCAAAAUAAAGAACCCAGCAUAUCCACCCUUGCCUGAAGAACCUAAAGCUGAUAAGGACCUCCUUUGCAGAGUUGGAGUGCGACUUCCUGAUGGGCGAAGGCUGCAGAGGAACUUUUUACGUACUGACCGGAUACAGCUGCUGUGGUCAUUUUGCAAUUCUCUGCUUGACGAAGAAGAUUCUCGGCAGUUCCGCUUGAAUCUUGCAAUUCCAGGUGCUUCAAGAUCCUUGGAAUAUGAAAGCAACUUGACCUUUGACGAAUCUGGGCUCUCAGACUCGAUGAUUUCAGUCAACUGGGACUGAAGGGCAUAUCAGGUCCAAUAGCUUAUUUUCGCCACAAAUAGUCUGGCAAAAUGAAUAUUUUGUUUGUUCUUUAAGCUCUGUUAGCUUUAACUGCCAAACAUCAGUUUGUAUGUACCCCUAGCCCCGUUUGGUAUUUGAAGUCUUUUAAAAGCAAGAUGUGUUACAUGGUUGGGCGUUUAUACCUGCUGUUUUUUAAACUAAAUAUUAGGUGUUACAAUCGUGUUUUUUUGGAGAAGUCAUAGCUUAUCUUUUUAGGUGUGAGCCUUGUUUACCAGAAAACAACUAAUGAUUUUACAAAAACACCACACCUUAGUAGCCAGCCUUUUAUAUCACCCAUUAACAUUACAAAGAUAUCCCAGUAGCUAACUAGCUUUUAUACCACACAAAUGCGCAUCAUAUGCAAGCCUAGCUUGUGUCGUUUAUCACCAAAUAUGCCCAGUGUCGGCUGGUUCUAAGUUAGUUCUGAACAUACUUGAGUGUUUUUUACCUUAGUUCUCUCUAGUCUCGUCUGAACCUAGUUCUUUUUGGAGGAUCAAUGGUUCUUUUUCCAACCUUUUGUUUUUAUGGGUGCUGAUCUUGCUGUUAACAUUUCUUAUCUGAACUGUUUGUAUACAUAUCUACCUUGCCAUCCCCAUUGGCUGCCUUUGAAAUAGCCUCUAGAGGAAACAA